AUGCCGAAGCAUCAAACCUCUGCACCUGCAGCCGAACGAAAGACAAAGAAAGAAAAAGAAAUCAAGCUUUCGAGCGUACCUACGAGCUCAAAGGAAAAAGAACGUAAAAGAAAGAAGAAUACUUUGGAACAAGAUUCCGAGCAACAAAAAGGUACAAACAUCACAACCGAACCAAAAACGAAGAAGAAAAAAUUUCACGCCAAAGCAACCAAUGUUUCAUCUUCUUCAAGCUCGCACAUAACUGAUUCUGCAUCAGAUGAUUUACCAACGCGCACAAGAGCCAUGAUGAUGGAUGAAGUAGAAGAAACAUCAAUUGUUAGCCGUGAUCAUACAUCAAACAAAUACUAUGCAACACUGCCAUCUUCAACAACAUCCUCGCUCAAAACUCCUCCCGAAAACUCUCUCGAUUUGACUGAUUAUGAGAGUUGGAAUGCGCAUCAAGUUACAUCAGUACUGGCUUCUCGUAAAUCUUUGGGUGGUGCUGGUUUGUCGGUUGAAAAGCUGAAGCCUUUGUAUGAGGCUGGUUUUGAUGGCUCAUCUCUCCACAACAUUGUUGAGAAUAUCCAAGACAAGGACAAACAUUAUGCUCUUGAUCAACUUAAAAGUACUUAUAACAAGAAUAACGUUCCUCAACUCUCCGACACUUGUCAAAUUAUUGUUUCUUGGGCUAAUGAUAGAAUUGUUUUGCCUCGCCAAAAAUCACAGAACCUUCUUAAAGAAAUAGAACAAGCACGCCAUAAUAAGGAAACAAAUUUCGAACGUUUUUAUUCUAAAACACGAGGAGAGUUGGCGACCAUGUACCCAAAAAUGGUAUUGAAAGCUGAAAAUUUUGAUGAUUUUGAGCAAACAUUGCGCGCAAAGACUGAUAUUCCUUCUGUGAAAACUAAAUUUGGCUAUCCCAACUUUGGUGAACAAUAUAGGUCAGCUAAAUUGCCUUUAAUGACUAGCUCACUUGCCAAACAUGAGCUACCAUAUUUUACACAAUUCCAGUACGCUAUGGCACAAGAUGAUGAGGUAUUGAAAAGACUAGCUCCUAAAACCAAACGCAGCAAAUUAAUGUUUAUGGGACCAUCUGGUGCUGGCAAAACAUCAGCUUGCGUGCAUUUGUUAUGUCGUAAUCCUGGAAUGGUUUUAACAUGUACUUCAUCAUCAGAGGUAUCCAGUGGAUUGACCACUGAUUCGUUGAUGCGUCAAGCAUUUGGCUACUUAAAGGGACAAGAUAUUUUUGAACUUUUUGGCUCAGUAGAACAAGUAGUGCUGAUGGUAUUCAUAUGUAGAUUGAUUUAUAUUUCAAAGCUAAUUGAUGAAGCAAAACAAAAUCCAAAUGUAUUUAAAUACUUUGUUCAGAGAGAUAGGAAUGAAAAUAUUGUUAAAGGCGGAAUACUUCCCUAUCUUGCAUAUAUGCAAUCCAAUGGCAACACUAACGCUAGUGAGGAAGCUCUAAAUUACGCAUUGAAAUUUGGUUAUUCUAAUCCCGAAAUAUUGAAGUCAUUUGUUGCAAUUUUGGUGAACAAGAUAAUUCGUUCACUUAAUGACAAUUCCGCUCUAUUCGGAAUAGUUAAGAAAAUUGAAUAUUUUAUAGUUGUUAUUGACGAAGCAAACGUUUAUGCAGGCAACAAUUCUGGCUCUGAUAACCUUUCAGAGUUAAUAAGUUUGAGUGGCGAGAAGAGAGGACUGUUAACCAAGUUUGCACAAUCCAUUGGUGUCAUAGAAAAUUUUCAUCUGUCCAUAUUUUCUGGAACUAAUUUUUCUGUUGAUGUAGGAAGUAUUAUACAAUCAGCUCUUGGUAAAACUGAAGCAAAGAUUGAUGUAGGAAGAAUAUAUGACUUUGGUUUGGUUGCAAGAGAUGAUAUCAUUUCAUUUUUAGAAAAACAUAUCAAAAUACCAAACAACGAGAAGCAAGAGAUUUUAUUUUAUUUACAUGAACGGGGCUACAAGUACUUUAGAAGAAGAUUAAUCACAUUGGCAUUAGAAAAUUUUUCUACACACAACAGCUUGAUAGAUGCUAUUAAAUUGUCCGUAGAUGAGUUUGUAUUGGGAGCAAAAAAGCGUGUAGAGUCUUAUCUUGAUACCUAUAACUCAACACAGGCUCCUCGAUUGGACACACAACAAACAAUUCAAGAAGGAAUUCAAGAAGCCAUUGUUAAAUAUGUUACUCAUUAUCAUUUUCCAUUUUUAGGUUCUGAGUUUAAGGUUUGA